AUAUAGAAAUUGGAGUUAGUGGAAUGCCACCUCCUACUUGGGUGGAUUGGUGGCAGCCAUGUGGGGUGGCGUUCUCAUUCCUAAAUUGAUUCUGAGGUUUAUAACUUUCUAACAUGAGCCGUGACUAGAGGCCCAAUGUUUCAAAAUUUUGAUUGAAAUUCCAUGUUUACCCUUGCUCUCACAGCCUCUACACCCGGAACCGGCACCGGCAUGGCCACCGGCACCGGCAUUGCGACCGGCUCCGUGAUUUUGGUUCCACGUGCUUAUGCCUUUUCUCCAUUUGAAGCGAAGCCGCACAGUACUGAAAUCUUGAACUCCCCUGCCUUUUCUCCAUUGAAAGCAAGGCCAGCCAAUACGGGUUUCAACUCCUACCCAGGGCACAAUGCUCAAGACCCAAAUUCCAAGACCACCCACUCUUCCAUGGUUUAUUGCAAUUCAGAUUCUGACCAAAACCCUCUCUUCAAUGACUGGCCUCAGCUGCUCCAGAUCUCAAUUGGGUCUGGAGAUCUCAUGUUGGGUCAGGCUAUUCAUGCGUUUUUAGCCAAACUGGGUUAUCAGAACGAUGCAUUUCGAGGCAAUAAUCUCGUGAACUUGUAUGGGAAAUUUAAUAAAUUGGGUGAUGCACAAAGUGUGUUUGAUGAAAUGCUUGUAAGAAACACAAUCACAUGGACUACUUUAAUUAAGGUGCAUUUGCAGGUUAAUGAUGUUGAAUCUGUAUUUCGGAUCGCACGGGAGAUGUAUUGGGUUGGGGAGGAGUUCAAUGAGCAUACUUGUUCGGUAAUUUUGCAGGCGUGUGAUUCAUUGGAGAAUUUGGUUCGAGGGGAGCAAAUCCAUGGUUUUGUUAUAAAAAGGGGGUUUGAUGAGGAUGUUUUUGUUGGUACUUCUUUAAUAUCCAUGUAUUCGAGAUGUGGAGACUUGGGUGCUGCAGAAAAAGUGUAUAGCAAUCUAGCUUACAAAGAUGUUAGGUGUUUGAAUUUCAUGAUUUCAGAAUAUGGAAAGGCGGGAUGUGGAGAGAAAGCAAUUGGGGUUUUUCUUCAUUUGUUGGGUUCUGGUUUGGAACCAAAUGACUAUACAUUUACUAAUGUAAUUAGUGCUUGCAAUGGUGAUAUAGAUGUGGAGGUUCUUAGAGUAUUCCAUGGAAUGUGUAUUAAGUGUGGCUGUGGGGAUGAGAUCUCGGUUGGAAAUGCAAUAGUUUCAGUCUAUGUAAAACAUGGAAUGCUUGAAGAAGCUGAGAAAUCGUUUUGUGGAAUGGGUGAGAGGAAUUUGGUUUCUUGGACUGCACUUUUAUCAGGAUAUGUGAAAAAUGGUAAUGGUAAGAAGGCUCUUGAGGGUUUCUCACAAAUUCUUGAGCUUGGUGUUGGUUUUGAUUCUUGUUGUUUUGCUACUCUGCUUGAUGGUUGCUCAGAGUGCAAGAAUUUGGGAUUGGGUCUUCAAAUCCAUGGUUUUGUUAUAAAGCUUGGUUACGUCCAUGAUGUAAGUGUUGGAACUGCUUUGAUAGAUUUAUAUGCCAAAUGUAGGAAACUUCGGUCUGCAAGAUUGGUUUUUCAUAGUCUCUUGGAUAAAAAUAUUGCUUCUUUCAAUGCAAUUCUAUCUGGAUUUAUCGGAGCUGAUGGAGAUAAUGAAGAAGAUGCUAUGGCUUUGUUUAGUCAACUGAGAUUAGCUGAUAUAAAACCAGAUUCGGUAACUUUUGCACGGCUUCUUAGUUUAUCAGCUGAUCAAGCUUGCUUGGUUAAAGGGAAAUGUCUUCAUGCCUACAUCAUUAAAACAGGAUUUGAAGCAAAUCCUAGUGUUGGUAAUGCUGUCAUCACUAUGUACGCAAAAUGUGGAAGCAUUGGAGAUGCUUGCCAACUUUUUUAUUCUAUGAAUUACCUUGAUUCUAUAUCCUGGAAUGCUGUAAUUUCUGCAUAUGCGCUUCAUGGCCAAGGUCGAAAAGCACUUAUUCUCUUUGAGGAAAUGAAAAAGGAAGAAUUUGUUCCUGAUGAGAUCACAAUAUUGUCGGUUCUUCAAGCUUGCAGUUAUUCUGGUUUAUUGGAAGAAGGGUUUUGUUUGUUCAAUGAUAUGGAGUCAAAAUAUGGGAUUAAGCCAGAAAUUGAGCACUUUGCGUGCAUGGUUGAUCUUUUGGGCCGGGCUGGGUAUUUGUCAGAAGCCAUGAGUUUCAUCAACAAAAGCCCAUUUUCUGGCUCACCUCUGCUUUGGAGAACUUUGGUCCAUGUGUGUAAGCUACAUGGGGAUUUGAAUUUUGGUCAGAUAGCUUCAAAACAUUUGCUUGAUUUGUCUCCCGAAGAGGCUGGCUCUUAUAUACUUGUUUCAAACUUGUAUGCUGGAGGAGGAAUGUUAAAUGAGGCGGCAAGGGUGAGAACAGUAAUGAAUGACCUAAAGGUGAGUAAAGAGGCAGGUAGUAGUUGGAUUGAGAUUGAUAAUAAGGUUCAUCAAUUUGUAGCAAGUGACAAGGACCAUCCUGAGAGUAAAGAAAUUUAUGCAAAAUUGGAUCUAUUAAAGUCUGAGAUGAAACAGAACAUGAUUUACAACAGAACUCCAGCUGAUAUGUCUCCUAUGUGAGUAGAUGAAAGCAAUAGAAAAUCAAUCUGCCUGCGGGUUUUACUUGUCCAGCAACUUUUUUCCAUUUAUGUAGCAAGCUUACACUUCACCAGCAACUGGGCAUCUGUGCUUCCUACACUUAUCCAGCUUCAGAAAUUAGUUAGUAUAUUACUUCACUGCAUAGUUGAAAGAAAUGAAAAAUGAAAUGAUGAAAUCAAGAAAAAAAGUCAGUAAGAGAUGCAGAUUGUAUAGCUGGGAUAAAGAAUGAAAAAAAGAAAAGCAGGUUGGCAUCAGUCAAGGAGCCAUGGCACCCUGCUGGAACUGAGUGGAAAAGUUACACAUUUCAGUUUUCCACUGUGCAAUUGUUCUAUGCAAAAGUUCGUCUCUUGGGUUCCCAUCCAACCCCAUAGGAGGUGGCUUAUCAUCAUCAUAUUUAAGGUUUAAUGGUGAGAAGACGACUUGAGAAUUUUUAUGAAACAAGAAGUGUCUCAGGCUUAAAGUGAGAUGAAGCACUGAGAAUUUUUUAGGUUAUGGGGGAGGUGUGAUGCAGGUGUUUCUUUCUAGACAAGACGCGUUUCCACUACUCUCUCCUUCUCUUCUUCUCGACAAAAGGGAUUUUCUGCAGCCUCUUCUUCUCGACAAAAGGGAUUUUCUGCAGCUUGCAAGCUCCUUCAGGUUCAAGCAGGGCCUUCUCCAACACCAUUUUACCACUUUGGAAGAUAUUGCCUUACCUUUUCAAUGACGUAAAAGAAGUGGCAAACUUACCCAAU